UCACAGGGACGGUUUGUGAAGAGAAACGUGUUGAUGUUUAUGAAGAAGUCUUCAGUGUCAGAGGGAACAGCAGUGAGACUCGGAACUCGUCUCUCAGGAAAGAGGAUAAAAAUGUGUCACGUCUGGAGUUCAUCAUCUCCUUUCUUUGGCAGAUGUAACGUUGGAAUGAAAUCUCCCGACGCCAUCCUCGCGUCUCCGCUCCUCCUACGGCUCUGAUCCGUCACUUUUCUGUAUUUUUCUUUUUUUUUUUUUUUAAACCGACUUCCUCGAGCUAAUAGAAGUUUUUUUUUGUUUUGUUUCGUUUUUUUGCUCAGACGGAUUUUGUUCCGUUGAUUGUUUGUAAAUCCUGAAAACGUUGCCAAGGUUUGAUUCUGACUUGAGAGAGGAGUAAAGUGAAAAGCUCCUGGCUUCCUCGUCCCCCCGCUGUGGCUGGAAUACCAAAGGGUCCGAGUGAAAGGAUGGUGAGGAGAAUCGGUCAGCGUGCUGACACAGAGAACACUCCACAGAAGAAGGAGCUUUAUUCUUCACUUAAAAGGUGUCACAUGUUCGUGUCCGAGGAUUCGGCGACUUUGGCGUCGUUUCCUCCGUCUUUGAGCGCCUGUUGCCGUGGGAGACGGGAUGAACUUCAGAGGAACUUCUUUAUGAGCUCGGAGAUGGUUUAAUUACUCCUCUACAAGCUGAUUCCUUGGAGGUACCUGAAAACAUGUCAGUCAGCGUCCAUGAAAACCGCAAGUCAAGGACUAGCACAGGCUCCAUGAACAUCUCGCUGUUCCACAAGCCCUCGCAUCCCGACAGCGUCCUGACGCACCUUAACACGCUCCGCAAACAGUGCAUGUUUACAGACGUGACUUUAUGGGCUGGAGAUCGUUCUUUUCCUUGCCAUCGGGCCGUUCUGGCAGCUUGCAGUCGCUACUUUGAAGCCAUGUUCAGUGGUGGCCUCCGUGAAAGCCUGGACAGCGACGUCAACUUCCGUGAUAGCGUGCACCCAGAGGUGUUGGAGCUACUUCUGGAUUUUGCUUACUCGUCACGAGUCAUCAUUAACGAGGAGAAUGCGGAAUCUCUUCUCGAAGCUGGAGAUAUGCUGCAGUUCCAUGACAUCCGUGAUGCCGCAGCAGAGUUCCUUGAAAAGAACCUUCACUCAUCUAAUUGCUUGGGUAUGAUGCUUCUAUCCGAUGCUCAUCAGUGUAAGCGCUUGUAUGAACUCUCAUGGAGGAUGUGCCUGGUUCACUUUGAAGCUGUGCGGGACACUGAGGACUUUUAUGGGUUAUCUAAAGACAAGCUUUUGGACCUUAUACUGAGCGAUGAGCUGGAGAUUGAGGAUGAGCAGAUUGUGCUAAAUGCGGUCAUGCGCUGGGUCCGGUACGAUUUAGAUAGUCGCAGAGACUACUUCCCUGAACUGCUUCGGGGCAUCCGUCUCGCACUGUUGCCUUCCGAUUGCCUGAUUGAGGCUGUGGCUUGCGAAGAACUGGUUAUGUCAGACAAACGGAGUCGACAGAUUGUUGAAGAGGCCAUCCAGUGCAAGAAGAAGAUUUUGCAGAACGACGGAGUUGUCACAAGUCCGUGUGCAAGGCCACGCAAAGCUGGUCACACGUUGCUCAUUCUUGGAGGCCAGACCUUCAUGUGCGAUAAAAUCUACCAAGUCGAUCAUAAAGCAAAAGAAAUCAUACCCAAGGCAGACUUGCCCAGUCCGAGAAAGGAAUUUAGCGCAUCUGCCCUCGGAUGCAAGGUCUACGUGACUGGAGGGAGAGGUUCUGAGAAUGGUGUAUCAAAAGAUGUUUGGAUAUAUGAUACGGUCCAUGAGGAAUGGUCUAAAGGUGCACCCAUGUUAAUUGCACGUUUCGGUCACGGAUCCGCCGAACUGGAAAACAGCCUUUAUGUCGUCGGAGGCCACACUGCUAUAUCCGGUGUCUUUCCAGCUUCCCCUUCAGUAUCACUAAAACAAGUAGAACGUUACGACCCUGUAACCAACAAGUGGGCCAUGGUGGCACCACUCCGAAAUGGUGUCAGUAAUGCUGCGGUGGUCAGUGCUAAGUUAAAGCUGUUUGUUUUUGGGGGGACUACCAUCCACAGAGACACGGCUUCUAAAGUCCAGUGCUUUGAUCCGCUGGAGAACCGAUGGACCAUAGCAGCGGAAUGUCCUCAACCUUGGCGGUAUACCGCAGCUGCUGUGCUGGGAAGCCAAAUUUUUAUCAUGGGCGGUGAUACAGAGUUUACUGCUGCUUCUGCUUACCGAUUCAACUGUGAAACCAACCAAUGGAUGCGUGUAGGUGACAUGACCUCUAAAAGGAUGAGCUGCCAUGCUGUAGCCUCCGGGAACAAACUCUAUGUUGUUGGAGGCUACUUUGGGACACAGAGGUGUAAGACACUGGAUUGCUACGAUCCAACAUCAGACAGCUGGAACAGCAUCACUACAGUGCCUUAUUCGCUGAUUCCUACUGCGUUCGUUAGCACCUGGAAGCAUCUGCCUGCCUAGCGGUCUUGAAGGAUGGACUUGAAUAGGUAUCCACGGUUCUGGGAGGCGUUACUCUGUGUGUGUGUGUGUGUGUGUGUGUGUGUGUGUGUGUGUGUGUGUGUGUGUGUGUGUGUGUGUGUGUGCACAUAUGUGUGCGUGUGUGUGUGCUUCUUAAUGAAAUGGCUAAGACACUAAGCUGGAGAUCCUCUGGGACGGUUUAUUUUGGACUGCUAAAGAGCACAGAGUGGAUCACAUCCACUGGCUAACAGAAGGCAUGAACACACCUCGACCUCUCACACUCGUGUGUUGGGAAACUACGAGCAAAGUUUUCUGGAAUCUGCAAAACAUUUGACUUGAAAAUGCACGUUAGUGAUUUGGGACACAGCUGAAAAAACUGUGAAGCAAACAUGAAACCUACGAAGAGCAGCACAACGUUCUCAUGGACUUCCUGGAGUUUUAAUUACUGAAGAAAUGCUAAUUUAAGAUCUGCAUCAGGGUUUAUUUGUGUCCAGGACAAAGGGAUGAGGACUUUGCACAGAUUACGAGUUGAUGAGGGUUGAACUUUAUUUCUCUGAUGAUGUGUGAAGAUAAAGGCAUGUGCUGAUAAUCGCUUGUGUGAUAUAUCACAAUAUUAAACAGUUCUGACCUAACGUUAAUCUCAUGCACUUCUCUUUCUGCAGUAACACAUCAACUAGUCUUAUUAACUAAUGCUGUCUUAAGCUCCGCCUCCACUUUCGUGCUAUUGGUUGCUUUAUUUAAUCUGUAACACUCGUUCCUGCCUUUAGCUAAACUCUGAUUCGCUGAUUACAAGACAAAAAAAAACUCAAGGCUCUUAACUGCUCUGUGAACGUUUACAGUACAGCUUAUAAAUAUACAACAUAUAAAUAAUGUUUAAUGAAAUAAAACUAAAUCUUUAACUACAUACUACACUACACAACCCAACACAGUACACAACCCUACACUACACACUACACAACCCAACACAGUACAC